AUGGAAAAGGAGUUUCGUAUUGAAAAUUAUGGAGUGAAACAUCCAAAAACAAGAACUAUAAUAGAAGUAGAGAGGAAUAUUUCUGGGUGUUAUGCCGUGGUGUUAACAAACCAGAACACUGCGGUGUACUCAAACCGCGACAGUUUAUGUAAGAAAUCGCUGGACACUGAUACUGAGAAGAACAGCGAAAAAGUGUUCAGUCGUUCAUCUGGAACAGAUGCUCGUAUUGCAACAAACGAUUCAAUCAUAGCAUUAUUCAACAAAGAAGGUAAAAUACGUUUGGUUGACUAUGAUGGGAACAGGCUUUCUUUUAUAGACACGGGAAAUGCUCCCUUGCGUGCACUGGGUUUUCUAUCGAGUGAAGUGCUGUGCGCUGGAGGGGAGUCGUGUAAAGUGUUCGUGUACUGUAUAUACGAUACUAGCAGACUAACUGAACUUACGUACUCUGACUAUGUAGACAGUAUAUCUUCAAACGGCAAGUACAUGGCUGUAUCAUUAGCAAGUGGUGAAUUACACAUAUAUGAGUACGCGAUAUCUGACACUGGUGCUUCUGGUGUUGUAGGAAGAAAGAAAGUGAAAAUAUCCGUGAAUGAAGUGGCUGAUUUAUACGUGGAAAAGUCUUGUAUAGUGCAGUUCAUUAAUGAAACACAGUUAUUCAUUGGUCUGUGCAACGGCACGGGAUAUAUUUACUGUAUGGAAGAGAAAGCAAUAACAAUAGCAUCUUCCAUGCACUCUAAAGGAUUUACUAAGGCAGAAGUGCACGGGGAGUAUUUAAUUACAUCCUCACUAGACGGAAGGCUGAGAGUAUCCACACACACUUUAAGAGAAGUAUCUUCAUUAUACGCAGGAUCAUCUAUCCAAGCAUUCAAUGCACUCUUCAGUAAAUCCAACGACUCUCACAUCACUGGAAUACAGUAUAUUAUAUCCACAACUACAGGAAAUGUUCUUGUAUACAGAGACAGAUGGACACCAGAGCCAGUCACUCCAGUGCCUGUAAUACAAAAAAGCGGACCACAAAACAUACGCGAAUACAAUAAACAAGACACAACUGAAACCCGCACACUUUCUGUGCACAUGCAGUCAGACCAUAAGAAAGGAAAGUUUGGCCGUUUCAUGAGCACUUUCCAGUACAGAAAAGCACUACUGGCUGCAAUAGAUUUAAAAAAUGUAGAAACCAUAACCAGUGUAAUGGAUUAUCUCCAUAGAAUAGACCGGUUGCUUAUUUCUGUUUCUUCUUUAACAGAUGAAAAUAUUUCUGUUGUAGCAGAAAUAUCCGUUGAUAUGCUGAAAAUCAGAGAAUUUUUUGAUUUGGCAAAUUCUGUUCUUGUGUACUGUGGUAAUGUACUUCAGAGCAGAGAGUCUGCUGAAGGAAAUCCUAUUUAUGAAAUAAUUGGCAGGGCAGUGCAGGAGAUUGAAGAUGAGUAUCUGGUGCAGAGUGUACUAGCCGAAACAACCGAAUAUAUCAAGGGAUUACUUACACCAAGCAAAUAGCUUGGUUUAUUAUAGAAAAGGUAGUAAAUAUCUUAUUAAGUAUCCAUUAUUUAUACCCACAAAUAAAUUGAAUGAAAG